AUGAAUACAGCUUCUACACAUUUCGUUCCACCGAGAAGGUUUGAAAUCUACGAGCCUCUCAACCAAAUCGGUAUGUGGGAAGAGAGUUUCAAGAACAAUGGAGGCAUGUAUACGCCUAACUCUAUCAUCAUCCCUGUAAACGAAAAACCAGACAGCCUGUCUGAGGAAACUUCUCCGGGAACAGAAGGAACUCCUCACAAGUUUGACCAAGAAGCUUCCACAUCUAGAAAUCCUGAUAAGAUACAGAGAAGGCUUGCACAGAACCGCGAGGCAGCUAGGAAAAGUCGUUUGCGCAAGAAAGCUUAUGUUCAGCAGCUAGAGACAAGCCGGUUGAAGUUAAUUCAUUUAGAGCAAGAACUCGAUCGUGCUAGACAACAGGGGUUUUAUGUGGGGAAUGGAGUUGAUACAAAUGCUCUUGGUUUCUCAGAUAACAUGAACUCAGGGAUUGUUGCAUUUGAGAUGGAAUAUGGACACUGGGUGGAAGAACAGAACAGGCAAAUAAGCGAGCUAAGAAGGGUUUUACACGGACAAGUCAGUGAUGUAGAGCUUCGUUCGCUGGUUGAUCAUGCAAUGAAACAUUACUUUCAACUCUUCCGGAUGAAAUCAGCCGCUGCUAAAAUCGAUGUCUUUUACAUCAUGUCCGGAAUGUGGAAAACUGCAGCAGAGCGGUUUUUCUUGUGGAUAGGCGGAUUUAAACCCUCAGAGCUUCUCAAGGUUCUGUUACCGCAUUUUGAUCCUUUGACGGAUCAACAACUUUUGGAUGUGUGUAAUCUGAGACAAUCAUGUCAACAAGCGGAAGAUGCAGUGUCUCAAGGUAUGGAGAAACUGCAACAUACAUUAGCAGAGAGUGUAGCAGCUGGGAAACUCGGUGAAGGAAGUUAUAUUCCUCAGAUGACUUGUGCUAUGGAGAGAUUGGAGGCUUUGGUCAGCUUUGUCAAUCAGGCUGAUCAUCUGAGACAUGAGACAUUGCAACAGAUGCAUCGGAUCUUGACCACGAGACAAGCGGCUAGGGGAUUGUUAGCAUUAGGCGAGUAUUUCCAACGGCUAAGAGCUUUAAGCUCGAGUUGGGCGACUCGGCAACGUGAACCAACGUAA